AUGGAUCGACCUGGACACCUUCUGGAAGAUAAGGCUCUAGCUGAAUAUCUUGGUGUCGAAGACGUGGACUAUGACAGUAGUAGCGAUACCAAAGUCGAGACGGAGAAGCAACCCAAACCUAGCACACCUGUGCGUGGGGACAUUCCUCAUCCGGCACCUAAUCUGUUCCCUGAACGUAGUGCCGCGACUGCGCUAACAGCGCUGGGAGCAAUGUCCCCCAUGGAUACUCCCAUUAUCACUAACCCGCUUGAUAGGGAGCAACAAAGCAUGCUCGAUCAAGCGACAAUCGCACAUCGCAAGUCAGAAGUUCCGACAAAGUUGCAACGACACAGUGAAAAUACGUUCACUCCACCUAGCGUGGAAGAACUAAUUCUUCAAGGGUCACGCCAUAACUUUGCAACAUGGGCCAUCGGCCCCGAGGCAAAAACGCCCACUGAAAUCGAACGCCGCAAGGCUCUUCGAGAAAGGUACUUGGAACCUACUGUGAUUACUUUGAGUCAAUACAGAGAACGGCUGCAAAAACAGGCCUAA